UACCAGUGAGCUGUGUCCCUUACUAAUUUUGAGAGUCAAUUGAAUCCUCUUUCUCCCCCCCUCUCUCAAUUAUCACUUCCUUCAAAUCAAUCAAUCAAUCAGAUCAGGAUCAUAUUCAUAGUCUUUAGCCAAACAAGGAAGGAUUGUAGAAGAAGACCAUCCCUCGUGCUGACACUAAACUCAAGAGAUAUACAACCACCACCCUAUCAAAAACUCUGACCAUUUCUGCAUCAUAUUCAUACCUACUUUAUUAGAUUUCGGAUCCUCCAAGUACAAAGAUCCAAGCCUUAGUUAUAUAUUUGUACUUUGUAGAGAAUAAACAACAUAGAGAGAAUGAAGAUCCAGUGUGAUGUAUGUAACAAAGACGAAGCUGCGGUUUUUUGUUCGGCUGAUGAAGCUGCUCUUUGUAAUGGUUGUGAUCAUCGUGUUCACCAUGCCAACAAACUUGCUAGUAAACACCACCGUUUUUCUCUUCUCCAUCCUUCUUCAUCUUCCAGUGAAAUUCCUCGUUGCGACAUAUGUCAGGAACGGCGAGCUUUUUUAUUCUGCCGGGAAGAUCGAGCAAUCCUUUGCCGAGAAUGUGAUAAUUCAAUUCAUACGGCCAAUGAAUUAACAAAAAAACAUAAUAGAUUCCUUCUCACCGGCGUCAAGUUAUCUUCUACCUCACAAGUCUUCCCUUCCGGUUCAACCAGUACUACUAUCACCUCUACAUCGGCAACUAAUAUCGACCGUGAUCUCGCUGCUUCCGCGGACUCCAAUAAUAUCAAAAACAUGAUCAUAGCAUCCAAAAAUAAAACUACCCCCAGCGUUCAUACUAGUACUAAUUCUUUUGCAACGGUACUACCAUCAACGGUAUUACCAUCAAAAUAUUGUGAUCAUUCUGGUCCAACAAGCGGAGGAUCAACCAGCAGUAUAUCGGAGUACUUGAUGGAGACAUUACCUGGUUGGCAGGUUGAAGAUUUUCUUGUCGAUUCCUCUCCAACAACAACCCAUGGAAAUGGUUUUUGUAAGAAUGAAGAAGAUCUUCACCCAUAUUUGGAUGCAAAUUACUUCGAUAAUCAAAGUAACAGCCAAGGCUAUGUUGUUUCUGAAGAUUUGUCACUUUGGGUACCAGAAACACCAGUAAAUCCGACUUAUCCUUUCGAUGGCCGAAAGAAUGGAUUAAAUUUGAAGGAAUUUGUCAAGGAAACCCCGAUUAUGAGCUCAAAGCAGGUGAAUCGUGGAAGGAGUGACCAUGGUUUUACAGUUCCUUCAAUUAGUCCUCCAUCUAACAAGAGAUCAAGACAUAACUGGUAACAUAUAUAUAUAUCAAGAAGAAGAACAACAACAAGAAGAAGAACAGAUCAUAUAUAUCAAGAAAUGAUCUGCCCUGACCAAAUUUCUUGUACUUUUUUCUCUUUUUUUGUUUUUUUUUUUUUAAUUUUUCCUUUUGUGUUAUUAUCUGUUUUUAGUCUUCGAAUUUGUUUUUGUUUACAUCUUUUUUUUGAGGUUAUCAUGAAAUCUAAUCUCUUUUGAGUUGUAAACAAUUUGUUUUUUUGUUUUGUUUGGGUUUUGUAUAUAUUAUGUAUCAAACAUAAGUUUUGUUCCA